GGUGUCACAUGACCGCUUCCCGGAAGCGCAGCAGACCCGCUUCACUUCAGCCUGGGUUGAGGUGGAGGACAAUUCCCGGAAUUAUGGCGAAGUCCGGGCUGGGGCAGGAUCCUCAGAGCACAGCUGCAGCCACUGUGCUCAAGCGGGCGGUAGAACUAGAUUCGGAGUCGCGGUAUCCGCAGGCUCUGGUGUGUUACCAAGAGGGAAUUGAUCUGCUCCUGCAGGUUCUGAAAGGUACCAAAGAUAAUACUAAGAGAUGUAAUCUCAGAGAAAAAAUUUCCAAAUACAUGGACAGAGCGGAAAACAUAAAGGAGCACUUGGAGCAAGAAAAAGAAGAUGGAAAAUAUCACAAGCAAAUUAAAAUAGAAGAGAAUGCAACAGGUUUUAGUUAUGAGUCACUUUUUCGCGAAUAUCUUAAUGAGACAGUUACAGAAGUUUGGAUAGAAGAUCCUUAUAUCAGACAUACUCAUCAGCUGUAUAACUUUCUUCGAUUUUGUGAGAUGCUUAUUAAGAGGCCAUGUAAAGUAAAAACUAUUCACCUUCUCACCUCUCUGGAUGAAGGCACUGAGCAAGUGCAGCAAAGUAGGGGCCUGCAAGAAAUAGAAGAGUCACUCAGGAGCCAUGGAGUGCUGUUGGAAGUGCAGUACUCUUCUUCAAUACAUGACCGAGAAAUUAGGUUCAACAAUGGAUGGAUGAUUAAGAUUGGAAGGGGACUUGAUUAUUUUAAGAAACCACAGAGUCGUUUUUCUCUUGGAUAUUGUGAUUUUGAUUUAAGACCAUGUCAUGAAACAACAGUGGACAUUUUUCAUAAGAAACAUACAAAAAAUAUAUGAUGGGCAGUAGCCUAAUUUGUAUUAUGUCUACUUUAGGUGAAUAUUGGAUUUUUUUUAAAAGAUCACUUUUAUAAUGUAUGAAUUUAACAAUAAACUUUUAUAUUUCUACUAA